AUGGGUGCCCAAGCAUAUGGAGCAGCGUUGCUGAUUUUAGCGACAGCGCUGCCGCUUUCAUCGCAGGCUGCCAAAGUGAAGUCUCCACAUAUCGUGAUGAUUCUAGCAGACGACCUGGGCUGGAACGACGUGAGCUUCCACGGAUCGUCGCAGAUCCCCACGCCGAAUCUGGACGCCCUGGCGGCAGACGGCGUCAUCUUGAACAGCUACUACGCUCAGCAUCUGUGCACCCCCUCCAGGGCUGCGCUGCUCACCGGACUCUACCCGAUACGAACCGGGUUACAGCACAGCGUUCUCGUGUGUGGCCAACCGGGAGGGUUGCCGGUGAACUUUCAGAUUCUUCCCCAGUACCUCAAAAAUCUCGGCUACAGGACGCACAUGGUUGGAAAAUGGCACCUGGGCUACUACAAGAAAGCGUACACGCCCACGGAGCGAGGUUUCGAGAGCUUUUACGGCUACUACAAUUUCGGUGAAGACUACUACGACCACACCCUGGACCUGUUCUUCCCGGGAAACAGCCUUUGCGGCCUGGAUUUGUGGAACGGAAAAAAGUCCGUUAAGGACAAGUCUGGUGUCUACGCAACGCACCUUUUCACCGACAAAGCUGUGAACCUUAUAGAGGAGCACGAUCAGUCUACACCGCUGUUUUUGUACCUUAGCCACCUGGCCGUUCAUGCAGGCACUCAGUAUGGGCCAAUCCAAGCCCCAGAAGAAAACGUGCAAAAAUUCGAUUACAUUGGGGUAAAAAACAGAAGCCUUUACGCCGGUGCCGUCGACGCUCUCGACCAAUCCAUGGGCAUCGUCUUCCAAGCACUGGAGAAGAAGGACAUGCUGCAAAACACCGUGUUGGUGUUCCUCAGCGACAAUGGGGCCAUCCCGUGGGGCGAGUGGUCCAACGCUGGUUCCAACUGGCCCCUGCGAGGUGCCAAGUUCACUCUGUGGGAAGGCGGAGUCCGCGUCCCGGCCUUCGUCUGGAGUCCUUUGCUCCGAAAGCCACAGCGCGUGUCGAACCAGCUGAUGCACGUCAGCGACUGGGUGCCCACCCUCUACUCCCUGGCAGGAGGAAAUAUUGCGGACCUCGGUGUCAUCGACGGGUUGGACAUGUGGGAGGCACUUUCCCAAGACCUUCCGUCCCCCCGCCGCGAGACGCUGAUCAACUUCGACUCGGUCGACGGAACGGCGGCCCUCCGGAGCGGCGACUUCAAGCUGGUCGUCAACAGCUACAAGAACGGGACUUACGACCAGCGCCUGCCCACCCCCGGGAACCUGCCUCCGCGCGUCGACCUGGACAGGCUGAUGCUCGAGUCGCGCGCAGGGAAGGCACUGAAGACGUUUUACGCGAACAGGGCGGGGUGGUCGCUGCCGACGGAAUGGCGCGGGAAGGCGAAAAUUCACUGCGGAGACCGCAAAGACAAAUUCAGAACGGAGGACACGCCACACCUGUUCGACGUGGUCAAGGAUCCCUGCGAGCUUCAGAACUUGGCUGGCUGUCGAAAGCUGGUCCUCAGGCGACUCAUGAAGAAACUGCAGGCGUACAUUGACCAAGCAGUGCCACCGAUGGACGACACUUUCGAUUCCGCCGGAUAUCCAAGGAACAACGACUGCAUCUGGAUGUCUUGGCAAGACCCGCAACACGUGCCGCGCCCGUCGCAGUGCACUUGCCACGCUCCCAACAGUGCCAACAGCAGUGGCCAGCUGGCUGAAAGUAUGACGAAACCCGGUGCUUCUUCGUCCCGACCUUUACGGCACUAAGUAGCUUCGAGUCGUGAGCUAAACAGCAUCCACCUAAAGCGCCCAAAUAAAAAGCUAAAAUAAAUUAAACGUAAUUUAAAUUAGUCCCUUCGCGCUCAAGGCUCCGGCUCAGCCCUCUUUUCUUAUUUCAAUAUAUUGGUAAGUUUAAGAAGCUAUUUAUUCUCUGUUCGUAUCGCAAACGCGUCGCCGCCUUGCAUCGAAGCAGCCGGCCCCAAUGAAGUUGAUGUCGCAGCUUAAUAAACGCAAGGCGUUGCC